AUGGGUAAGCUAUUGCUACUCGAAACGUUAACCGGACAUGUUGACCGUGUCUGGAGCGCUGCAUGGCAUCCGAACGGUCUAACAUUCGCAUCCUGCGGUGAGGACAAAACUAUAUGGAUCUGGUCAAAGUCCGACUCAGGUAAAUGGAACGCGGAUGCCGUACUUAUCAAAGGACAUACACGUACGAUCCGGGAUGUGGCGUGGUCAUUCUGCGGUCAUUAUUUGGCGUCUGCGAGCUUCGACACUACGGUGGCAAUCUGGGACAAGAAAUCGGGCGAAUUUGAGUGCAAUGCUACCCUCGAAGGCCAUGAUAAUGAGGUGAAAAGUGUUGCAUGGUCCCGUUCGGGAAACAUGCUAGCUACAUGUAGCCGCGAUAAGUCGGUCUGGAUCUGGGAAAUCCAUCACGCACCGGACCAGGAGGACGAAUAUGAGUGCGUAGCCGUACUUAACGGCCACACGCAGGACGUCAAGAAAGUGUGUUGGCACCCAACAGAGGACGUGCUGGCGUCGGCUAGCUAUGACAACACUAUUCGGAUGUACAAGCAGGACACGGUUGACAACGAGUGGGAAAUGCUGGAACUGAUGGAAUCGCACAGCUCCACCGUGUGGAGCAUAUCGUUUGACGCCACCGGCAAACGGUUGGCUUCGUGCAGCGAGGACAAGACGGUGAAAAUCUGGCAGCAGUACGGACCGAACAAUACGCUUGGUAUUGCAUGCCCGGAGAAAGAAACGGUAUGGAAGUGCGUCUGCACGCUGUCCGGGUUCCACACACGCAGCGUGUACGAUAUUGAUUGGUGCAAGCAGACCGGCCUAUUGGCGACGGCGUGCGGAGACGAUACGGUGCGAAUAUUCCGGGAAGCCAGUAAUUCCGAUCCCAACGAACCGACGUUCGAUCUGAUCGCGACGGAGGAAGCCCACAGCCAGGAUGUAAACAAAGUCACCUGGAAUCCUGUCGUGCCGGGAGUGCUGUUGACCACGAGCGAUGACGGUGAAAUUAAAAUGUGGCAGUAUGAGGAAACUGAUUAGGGAUGGGUACGGGGCGAACGAAAUUGGCGCUCUACGAGUGCAUCGGAAUUGUUGAAAGCAAUCCU